AUGCCUUUUAUCGAAGAUUGGAUAACGCAUCCGAUGACAAUUAUUAAUCGGUUGCAUGAAAAAUCACCAAGUACAUUUGAAAAUGACGUACGAAAUUAUUUUCAAACACAUAUUAAUAAUCUUGAUUUAUAUAAAGAAAUACCAUCAUUGAAUGAUCAUGAUGAUGAAUGUUUAUUACCAUCUGGUUGUCUUGUACGUUAUCGAGCUAUGGUACAAGACAUGGCUGACGAUGAAAUUUAUUGUACUCAAUAUAAAGUUCGACCGAAUGAUCAUCAUCAAGUUGAAAUUGAAAAAUCGGCUAAAUAUAUGGAUUUAUUUGUAUGUCCACCUGGAUAUACUCUUAUUGAACAAGAACCACCAAGAGAAAAUUUUCGUUCACGUCAAUGCUUUUCAUGUAUUCCUAUUCCAAAUGAAACUCAAUGGGUUAAAGAUAAUUAUCGACUUCAUUUUGGUGAACAAUUUACAAUGCAAAAACGACCAAUUAAUGAUCAAGAUAAUAUUCAACAAUUAUUAUCACCUCUUAAACGGUUAAAAACAACAACAUCUAUGGAAACAAAUAAUGAUAAUAAUGAGGCAAUAGUAAAAGCCGAACCGGUGAAAACAACUUCAAAAUCUAAUUAUAUGGUUAAAGUAUACGAUACUACUGAAGAAAUCUUACUCAAUACAAUGGUUGAAUUUAUUGGAAUUUAUUAUGAUCAUUCUGUUAUCAAAGCUGAUAGUAUUCAAUCAGUUAAUGAAAUGGAUCAAGAUCAACUUCCAAAAAUUAAAACUAUUCAUUGUAUUCAAUAUAAAAAAUUAUCUCAUAUCAAUCCAUUAUUAUAUCAUCUACCAAAUAUUGAAUUUAAUCAAAUUUCAAUAUCUCGUCAAUAUAUUCUUUCAUUAUUCGAAUGUAUCUUUCCAAAUGAUAAACUUCUUUGUGAAUAUUUAUUAUUACAUUUAAUAUCACGUAUAUAUGUUCGACAACCAUCAUUAGCAUAUGGUAAAUUAUCAUUAAAUCUAUCACAUAUAUCAACUGAACAAUUCAAUGCACUUGAACAAUUACUUCAAACAAUUUUACCACUUUAUUCACGUAUAUCAAUAACAGUAAAUACAUUAAAUACAAUACAAUUAAUGCCAAAUAAAAAUGUAACAAAAGAAGAUGAUAAUGAAAAUCAAUUAACACAAACACCACUUCAAUUACCAUUAAAUUCACAUUUACUUAUUGAUGAAACAAAAAUGGAAUGUGGACAAUUAACAACACUUGGUCUUAAUAAUAUAAAAUUACUUCAAGAUCUUCUUCAUCAACAAACACUUAAAUAUGAAUUUCAUGUUUAUCAACUUGAUUAUGAAUGUGAUGUACGUUGUUUAAUUAUUUCAUCAACUAAAUCUAUAUUACCAUGUGAUGUUUAUAUACGUUAUCAAUCUGAACAAGAAGUAAAUCAAAUUAUAUUUCCAAAUAUAACAAAAGAACAAAUUGAUAAUAUACGUUGUUAUUUAACAUAUGUUGGACAACAACUUGAAUUUGAUCAAACAAUAAAUAAUGUUUCAUCAGAUAUUAAUACAUGUAUACAAGAAGAUUUUGUUAAUAUGCGUAAACAAAAAAUAUUAACAAAUCUUGAUGAUUUUCAUACUUUACUUGUGCUUGCUAGAUUAGAAACUUUAUCUUAUGGUGAAAAGGCUUUAACAGAAUCCUAUUGGAAUCAGGCAAAAAAUCUUGAAUUUACACGUCGUCAACGUAUGAAUGUCUAG